UGAAGAUGGCUAACGGCAAUGACUGCUGCGUUCUGUGCUCCCUUCCUUUCUCUGAGACGGAAGAAUUCAUGCGCUGUGCGAGCUGUAACCGACGCGCGCACCUGGAUUGCAUUACAUGGACGGACGCGGAAACAAAAUUGCUGGAUUCAACGGCCGGGACAGCCCAUCCGCCGGACAACUUCGACAACAAACUUGCGGCUCUUCACGGCCUACUUGACGACGCGCAUCAGGUGAUUUCUCACCUCAAGCACGAGAUGAGCACAUUGCGUGAUAAGAACGAGCACCAGCGCGAUCAGCUGGAACAGGACCGCCUUCUGCAAGCUCAGCUAUUCGCUGCUCUGAAAGCCGAGAUGCGCGCCAUGCGCGAAGAGUUCGCCAAAGAACGUGUGCUUCCACCUCUGCAGCCACAGCAGGGGCCACGCUCGGAGCCCCCUCAGGGUCCUCCGCGUGCCGAGUGGCCUGCCUUCAACGGCGCUGAUCGCCAGGAUGACUUCUCUGGGCCGCCUUCGACACCAGAAGAGAUGCCCCGCCGCUAAGAACAGGCGUCGAAGAAGCUACGUUCCAAGCCAACAAAUCUCGGUGCCCGGAGUGCAAGCGCAGCUGCUGUACGGCAACCAGACAGUCACAUGACGUUUUCUUCUUCUCCUUUUUGUCUAAGCUACAGUAAACCCCUCCCUCGACUUAACCACAGUGGACAUUACCGCCGUGCAUGUACGCGAUGUCUUUCGGUCAAGGGUCGAAACUUGGCAUGACGUGCAGGAUAUUUUUUUUUUCCUGCGCUCGUUCCAAGGUCACUUUGAGCCCCUCAACAACACUUCGCUGUGUACUGCACGUGCCAUGUGACUGCAGGCCUUUGCACGACGAGCGCGACCUGCAGUGAACAGUUCUUGUACAAGUUUUGAAUAAAACACCUGAGGAGGACUCUCA